GCCUGAGAGAAUACUUUAGCAAAUAUGGAGAUAUUACAGAAGUAAUGGUAAUGAAAGAUCCAGCGACAAGAAGAUCAAGCGUCACGGCAGGAACUAAUGGGGUAAUCUACUCGAUGGAUAUGGGAGUUUCAGUUAGCACCCCCAGGGGCUUCGGGUUCAUCACCUUCACAGACCCAUCAAGCGUUGACAAAGUAUUGGCACAAGGUACACAUGAACUGGAUGGCAAGAAAAUUGAUCCCAAAGUAGCAUUUCCAAGAAGAGCACACCCAAAGAUGGUAACCAGGACGAAAAAAAUAUUCGUGGGCGGCUUAUCUGCACCUACAACAUUAGAAGACGUGAAAAGUUACUUCGAGCAAUUUGGACCGAUUGAAGAUGCAAUGCUUAUGUUUGACAAACAGACAAAUAGGCAUAGAGGAUUUGGAUUUGUCACAUUUCAAAGUGAAGACGUUGUAGAUAAAGUUUGUGAAAUUCACUUCCACGAGAUCAACAAUAAAAUGGUGGAAUGUAAGAAAGCACAGCCGAAGGAAGUGAUGCUUCCCGCCAACCUGGCCAAAACCCGAGCAGCUGGCCGGGGAGCCUACGAUUUUAUGUGGUCGCUGGGAGCCCUUCCUGACGGUUUCCCCGCUGCGGCAUAUGCCGCCUAUGCGGCCGGUCGAGGUUACUCGGGCUACCCUAGUUUCGGACUGCCGUACCCAGCAGUGGAUCUAACCAAUGGACAGCUCACUCCGAAUAAUAACACUCCACUGUUGACUCAGGCCUUGUCAGGGUCUCCAAGCGGAGCAUGGCAGGCCCAACCGCAGCCUUCAGGAGCCGACCAUCACCACCAGCAAUCUCCAACAGCUGCACCACAACCCCACCAUUUCUCCAUUUCCUUUGCAGUCAUGAAUAACUACCAAGCAGCAGCUGCAGCUCAAGCACAGGCGCAAGGCUUCGGCCCACCAGCCUCUCCACACACGACCGGUGCAAGAGCUGGUUUUCCAGCGGCCAACUCUCCAGGACCUACCAUCGAUAUGUACAACAGCAGCGCUGACAGCGUGGGUUAUGUCCAAGCCGCCAGUCCACAGCCCAGCAGCUUUCCAGCUAUUGCAGUCAGCAGGGCACCGCUUAAUUACAGCCCGGGUCCCCUCAUCCCGGCUGCAUUCACCAAUGGCUACCAUUGAGUCGAAGUACUGUCUAGUGUUGUGUGACCCAAAAAUCGGCAGCUACGUGAUGGCAUCACAACUGCACUUGUACAUUCACUUUAUGUAUAAUAAUCUAAUUAUGUAGCACAUCCCCCGCCAGGCGAGGCCCACUUGUUGUUGUAAUGUUUGGUGUACGCGUACCGCUUUUUUCUCUAUCGGUAGCCGAGGAGAUCAACCACCCUUUUUGGUAAGAUUUGUACAUGCAUGAGCGAAAACAGCUUUUUAGUCCUUUUAAGUUUUCAGAUGACAGAUCAAUUGACGAUAUUCUUUCAAACGAUGAGGAAUUGACAUACGUUAUCCAAAUAUUGACUUUAGACAAAAUUUUAACUGAAUUAUUAACUAUAUUAACUAGAAAAUUAAAAGUGAUGUAGAAAAAUAAAAAAUACUAAAGGUAUAUUUCUAGUUACACAGGGUGUCCCCGAAAAUAGUGCGUUCCUUUAAGGUAUGGAUAUAAUACACAAUUUAGAACAAAAAAGUUCUUUAACAUUUUUUUCUUUUACCGUUUCCAAGAAAAAAAUUACAUUGUUCUCCAUAUAAGUGAAUUUUUAUUUUCAUAAAUUUGAAUGACAUGGCAACGUAGCCUAGAAGAACUUACUAUGAAAAAAUCAAUGGGAAAAUCCCAAUAGUUGGCUGUAUACCAUAGUUUAAAAAACCAAUACAGAAGUAAAAACUUCGAGAUGUAUUCUGGUAUAAAAUCGUUUAUUUAAAAACUAUAAAAUGUCAUCGAAUGCAGAACGUUUUCGUUCUAAACAGAACA